AUGCAGACAACCAUUUUCCUCUUCUAUUUGGCAGCGACUUUUUCUCUCGUCCGUGUUAGGUAUGUGCAUGUCUAAUGCGUUUCAUAAGAUUUGUCUAGGCGAUGAUGACCAAACAUCUUUUCUUUGUAAUUUUGCGGAAUAUCUAGCUAGCAGUCAGAUUUCGGUAUUAAUUUUGAUGUCCUCAAUCGUAAAAAUGAUUGUUUAAAUAUCAUAAGUAAGUUUAGGCGAACCACAUGAAGGUAAUCCGACUACGACGUGCGGAACCUCACAUGCAGUGAAGAAUUGUGACACAUGUUGCUCUUACCCCAGUUGCCUGCAAGUUUCUGAAUACCUCUUUAACAACUCUGAACUGCAGUAAAUAUUUCCAAACUAAAACGCCGACUGUUAAUAUUUUUUUGGACUAAUACACGUCCAGUAUGAGCGUACUUCUAAAACUCUCCCAGUCCAUCUAUACGAAAAUUGCACUGGCUUACAAAACCCAAACGAGCAACAUAAAUCGACAUCCAUGCCGGAAGCACAUUCCCUGAAAACAUAAUAAUUUGACAAGCAACUGCUGUUUAAUUUCAAUCUUAAUAUGAUGACGGUCUUUUGUAUGCUCCACCAGUGUAUUCUGUGAAUAGGACACAAUCGCAAGCAUCAGAGAGGAGUUUACAUUGUCCGCAGAGGCAUCUAGAAAACCGGGUGCGAAUGGCGUUUGAUAAAGGGGAGCGUAUUUGUAUUACGGUCAUUUCAAUGAUGAAAUUGGUGAAAUAGUGAAAAUGGAUGUAUGAUAAGCGUACUAUAGUACCAACGUUGUCUUUUAGUCGUGGGACCAAAUUGUGUACUUGGAGUCAACGGCUCAUUCCGAAGAAUGCCACUGGAGACAUUACACUGGAGGUGCCAAUAUCGUACAGUUAUAAGGUGUGUCAACCCUUAAGAAUACAUCUAUGUAUUUUAAAUUAUCGCGGCACAUCUCUGUUAAUGCAAGAUGCAUGUAAUACUAUCCACAGUAGUUUGGAUAGCAAUUUAAUAAAGUCUGCUUGCAUAUUUUAAAGACAGGAUAUAUCGGAAGUGAACCAUUUUGGACAUACGCUUGGGAAAAGGGAUGGUGUUCGUACAGUAAAGGCUACUUCCGAUGUCCUUACACUGCACGUACGAUUCUUUUGCAUCUUUAAAUUCUGCAAGUAAUUUUACAUGUUUGAAAAUGCCUUAAAGUAUAUCAACACAUAUAUUUCAAAAAUACUUUCCUUUUUUUUUCAAAUUUUUGGACCGUACGCAUAUACUCCGCAAACGUCGUGAUGCCCUGCAUUAAAAUACGAAAUCUCUGUUUUCGCAAUUCCAUUCAAGAUGACGAUUAUUAUUCAACGACUCUAACUCUGCCGAAUGCUGAGAAAAUCUCCUACGUCAUGCUAGAAAGUGAAUAUCCGAUUACAAUUCACAAAAUCGAGGAUGAGAGCAUCCGUAUGUUUACCUAUGCCACCGCUUGACGAAGCCGUUCUUUCAUACAAACUCCGCAACUUUUGCCAGUACGGCAAAAAAUCAGUUGGCCUUAAUUUCUAAUUGAAAUAUUCAAUUUUAGCUGGCUUCUAUGUGAAAAAAGGCACAAAGCUGGAUAUUUGCACAGAUAAAAGUGAACUUGAAUUGGAAUUUCUUCUUAAUGGCAAAGAAUCGGACCUACAAGAUGUGAGACCUGCUUAAAUUUCCUCUGCUAUCGAUAAUCAAAAUACAGAUAAAAAUAUUCAUGUAAUUUUGUUUGUAUUUGAAGGUAAGCUGCUACGUUGGUAAAAAGUUAGGAUGCUCGGGAUUGCGACAAAUGUACACACACAGAGAUGGAAGAUGCCGUAGGUGACCUAUCCGCCGGCUGUUCUUUAUUCUUUAUACAUAAAUAGAUUAUACAUAAAAUUUAUCACUAUUUUAAUUUCCGUAACUCAACACUGGCCAUUCGUGCACAUCCACUGGCAUUGAAAGUGCGGCGGUCAUGUCAGAUGGAUCAUAAAAAUUUGACUUCUUUAAGAAAUUAUUUCGAUAAAACUUCAUGCAUGGUUAUGUAUGACUAAUGGAUGGCGAAGAUGAACGACCCAAAUAAUUUGGGCCAUUAAAACAAGUAUGACCUGUUAGCGAAUGGAGUAGUACGGCACAUUCAUGUACCUUCACAAUUCUGAGGACUUUGUUUUACCAUUGGCAUCCGCCUCACAGUGUUGAUUUAUCUAAAUGAGACGACGGGGCAGUCAUCUGAUGGAUUCCAGGUGAAUAACUUAGGAAAUCCUGCUUAAGCAGUCAAUUUACUGUAUCUGAUUUGGUAGAUUACCGACAUUGCAGUAGGUUGGCGGGUCACUUGACCCAAGUAUGAUCAAAUUCCCGUUGUCCGGCGGCGACUCGCAGCUCAAGUGGUUGGAGCGCUGGCUAUACUCAAGUCUUCUCCUUACUGUGUGUGUUCAAAUACCACCGAGACACCGAAGUUUUCACAGUCUGGUCGAUAUGAAUUUGAUAUUGAAAUAAUUUUCCUGUUACACGUCUCUGCUGACAGCUUUUCUUGUAAUAAUGCAUUCACCAAUUCAACAAACAUGUUUGCACCGGGCUAAUCCGGCUUUACCAACCUCUUCUAUUAUUCCACGUAAAUCACCCCUGUUUUGUUGUCACGCCAAAAAACUAAUAUCUAAUAUUUUUUCCUUCGGUAAUUAUUUAGGGUACAGCAUGAAGCAGGGCCGUUUGGAGAUGCGUAUUACAUUGCAAAACAAGGAUGAAACAAUUAGUUUCUUCUACUGCUACGCAAACAAGGAAAAAACCACGGCACUGACCUAUAUUAUUGACUGGAGAGGUUGGUUUUCGACAUCGAUGCAUUUUCUGUCCUAUGGAAGGGCCUUUUGAAUAUUCGGAAUGCAAGUGUUAGCUAUAAGCUAUGAACUAUUGUGCAAGGAGUGUGCUAGGGACGAGUAGGUGUAAAAUAUUGAAAUAUUUAUCACGAGGCAGAUUUGAACUGACUAGGAUUACACGGCGGCGGUCUUGCGGCAAUUCGUGUAGUGCAGAUAAUUUCACGCAAUAAAGGUGACAAAUGAAAAUUAGUCACUUAAACGUGAGUUGCAAUACUGUAGUAUGCAACACAACGGGAAGAUGAUUUCAAAUGCUAUCUUCAAGGUUUCGUCGUUAAUAAAUGCAAGUAGACAUUAAAAUAAGCUUUACCCAAACAUUGUCUGUUCGCCAAAUACGGUAAUUUGCACAAAUAGCCUCCGUUUAAUGUUACGUUUCAAACAAUAAUGAUUUUUAUACUGCAGGUUCUCCUAAAACUACGCCCACUCCAGUCACCACUGCGGACAUAGUGCAGGAAAUAAAUACAACGGUGGCUACGAGUUUAAUGGGUAUGCCAGGGCUAAAAAGCCAUUUCAAUGCUCUUCUUCUUGCAGAAAAUAUCGAAAAUUGAUAGUUAUUCUGGAUGAGCAACAGUUCUACCGUUUUUACCUUCCUCCAACAUUCUAUUAUUUGGCCACUUUCUCACACGAUAAAUGCACGUGGGUUUUUUCGUGCAUUUUGUCUCUAAGCAGAUAUGCAGGUGUCUAGGAAAUUGUUUAGCGAGAGUGGCAAGAAAUGUCGAAUAAACAAAUACUCCUGUACGAGUCUUAAAUGACUUGCCUAAAUAUGAAUAUUGAACUGAAUAUUCACAGAUAGAGGUCUACGUAAAAAUAAAUGGGAUAGUGGGUGCCCAAUCAAAAUGAAAUUUUCAGUGAUAGGACUGGGAUGCAACGAUUUACGAUUUUGCGCACACACCUUCUACCUCGUGCUGUGAUAAUUGGUGUGCUCCAUUGUAAUACUUAUUUCCAUAUUAUAGUUUCUCUUGAAACUACACCCAGUCAAUUCACCACCACGAACAUGUGGCAUGAUACAGCCAAUUCCGGGGCUGCAAGUUUAAUAGGUAUGUUAAAACUAGAUAGCCAUUUCAAUACUGCUUUGUCCCAAAAAUGUUGGCGCUGCUUUUGUUUUAACAAGGUGUCUCAGAAAAAAAACUUGCUACUCUGAGGGUCAAUAAACUUUCCGUUCUUUUAUCCUUUAACUCUCUAUUUUGUGUAUGGAAUAGCGGAUGGCAAGUCUUUUUGCGUUAUAUACUCCAAGGCUUUACACAUUGAAGACCAAUACAAAAUGACUGUAAAGCAUUAACGCUUUAUCUGUGACAUAUUUUUGAAAUUAACGUUCAUCUUAUUUGUCAUUUUAGAUGUAGCAGGCGUCAUUUUGUUUAACCUCUGUUUGUUCUUGUUAUGA